CCCACUGACAGCCGGGGAAAAAAGCUCAAAGCUCUUGGUACGUUGUCCGCUAGAAUGCGCUAGAUCUGCUGAGCGUAUAUCGCCGCCAUUAUUAGCGGUAUUUCACAUCCGGAUUCCGGCUGAACAUUUAAGUUUGAGUUAGGUGUCCGACGAAAAUAGUUAUCGACCAUAACCUCAAGUACGGUGUUGACUACAGCAGUAAUGACGUCACGUUCGUAGAUCGGCGGUGGCCAUUUUCGUUUUAAUAUCGUGCAGUGGAGUCAACUAGCCGUCGUCGUCCAGCUGAGCUGUCAACGCGCGCGAGUUGGUUGGGUUCGCUUUAAGUGCGAAGUGCUGCGAGCUGAGCGAGCGAGGGAAGGAAGGGAAGGGUUGUGGUGAGGUGGUGAUAAAUUGAAUACGGUAUUAAAGUGUGCAAGCUUUUGGUAGGCGCCCCAUGGAUUAAACGUUUCAUUAAAUCUGGUGGUUCAAUAUCUCCUCUUGGUGUAGUUUUAAAACAACCUACUGGAUAUUGGGAUGGCAGGGCAGACUAUUAACGACAGGCUGCUAGCAGCAAGGCACAGCAUCGCCGGUCAGGGACUAGCAAAGUCCGUCUGCAAGGCCACUACUGAGGAGCUUAUAGGACCUAAAAAGAAGCACUUGGACUAUUUGAUACAUUGCACGAACGAACCAAAUGUUUCGAUACCACAACUUGCGAAUCUGCUCAUUGAGCGAUCGCAAAAUACAAAUUGGACUGUCGUUUUUAAGGCCCUUAUCACGGUGCAUCAUAUGCUCUGCUAUGGAAAUGAGAGGUUUACUCAGUACCUUGCAUCGAGCAACAGUACCUUUCAGCUCAGCAGUUUUUUGGAUAAAAGUGGAGUACAAGCUGGAGCACGUGUGGGAUAUGACAUGUCACCGUUCAUAAGGCGGUACGCCAAAUACUUGAAUGAAAAGGCACUUUCUUAUAGAACGGUUGCAUUCGACUUUUGCAAAGUCAAACGAGGCAAGGAAGAUGGAACUCUCAGGACAAUGAAUGCAGAAAAAUUGCUCAAAACUCUACCUGUCUUACAGGCACAACUUGAUUCAUUGUUAGAGUUUGACUGUACGGCCAACGAUCUUACAAAUGGUGUUAUAAAUAUGGCCUUUAUGCUUCUCUUUAGAGAUCUCAUUCGUUUAUUUGCCUGUUAUAAUGAUGGUAUUAUUAAUCUACUAGAAAAGUACUUUGACAUGAAUAAAAAACAAUGCCGAGAUGCGUUAGAUCUGUAUAAAAAGUUUCUUAUAAGAAUGGAUAGAGUUGGUGAAUUCUUGAAGGUUGCAGAGAAUGUUGGUAUCGACAAAGGGGAUAUACCGGAUCUCACCAAGGCUCCUAGCAGUCUGCUUGAUGCGCUGGAACAGCAUCUUGCAUCUGUAGAAGGAAAGAAAGGAUCUGCUGCAAAUACACCUACGCAAACAGCUAGCAAUAGAACGAAUGUAAAGUCUGGAGUGUCCGCCCUGUCUUCCACCAGCACGGCGUUUGGAACAGCAGCCAGCAACGCUCGGCUCGAUCAAACCGGAAAUGGUCACAUAGAUGAGGCACUACGGCAGCAGGCUCUCGCCGAAGAGGAAGCAGCUAUGAAUCAAUACAAGGCCAAAGUACAGUCACCAUCGGGCGGUCCAAGCACUAAUCCUUUUCUCAGCUCACCAACGAAUAAUUCUAAUCAGCCGAUCGUUGACUUAUUCAGCGCAGCGCCGGCGACUGAUAAUCAGGCCCAGAAAGCAUCGGAUGAUUUGCUACAAUUAGCAGGGAAUCCUUUCGCAGAUAUGUUUGGUAACGGUCAACCACAACAGCCACAACCUGCACCUGUUCAAAACAAUAUGUGGAUGACUAACGGUAAUGGUUUUGGAGCUCCACCACCUGCAAAUAAUACCUUUGUUACAGAUAACAAUUUUUCAUCGGUAUUUGGAAAUCAACAAGAUCAAUCAACUGCUGCCGCAGGAUUAGCUGGAUCCGUACCCAAUCCGUUUAUGUCAGAUUUCCCUGGUUCUGGUCCCCAAUCAAUCAAUGCGGCUAAUAUCGGCCUAUUCGAUAACGAUGCAAAUCUAUCGGCGAAUGAAUCCCAAGCCGCUUCCGGAGACCUGUUCAGUGCUGGUGGUCAGGCAGAUUUCUUUGGGGGCGACGGUACAGUGCUAAAUUCCAUGGACGGAGGCAACGGAGACGCAGUUCUUGGGUCAUUACCAGGUGCGGCGUCCUCCGGAGCCCUCGGAUCUGGAAAAUCCACUGCCACGCCGCCACCCAGACCCCCGCCUCCCUCGAGUGCGUCGAAUGGUACACCACGCGCAAUGUCACCUGCUAUCGGAGGGACAUCGUCUGGUAGGCCAACGGCUGCUGCACCUAGCAAGAGUGCUUUUGACGAUCUCAAUGAUAGUAUUCGAAUGGCCCUGGGUGGGUCUCCGUCCCGUCCAGCUCCGGUUCUUCAACAACUUCCUCCCACUGCUUCUUCUCAACAAAAAUCCCUACAGCAACAGCAAACUGCUCAGCAAGGAUUCGCUAUGUUUGAUAUGGGCGGUAGUUUGGGGGGUGUUGGUCAACCCGUAAUGGGGGGAACCAACCCCCCUAACUACGGCGGUCCUUCCCAAGCCCAAAUUCCCUCGGGGUACGGUUCCCCGGCAAAGCAGCCGUUGUCAGGUUUUGACGGUAUGGGCUCGGUGCUGAAGCCAUCCACCACUGUGUCUGGAGCUAAUAACGUUUCAGCAGCUGGUCAGACAGCAAAUACUGGAACUGGAGGGAAGGUGCUCACGGGUGAUCUGGAUAGCAGUCUCGCCAGUCUCGCGCAAAAUCUUUCCAUCAACAAGAGCGCUCAACAACAAGUCAAAGGAAUGCAAUGGAACUCUCCGAAAAAUGCUGCUAAGACCGGAGGGCAGACGGGUUGGACGCCUCAACCAAUGGCAGCGACUACAGGUGCUGGUUACAGGCCGAUGGGCCAAGGAAUGACACAACUUCCUCCAACACCUAGUAUGGGCUUCCCCACCCAGACUACUAUGACUCUGGGUAUGCAAGGUAUGCCGAUGGGUAUGCAGGGCAUGCGGCCAAUGAUGGGUGCAAUGCCUGGUGCUCCUGUUGCAAGUGGUGGUAUGAUGGUUACGGGGGGAACUGCGCCCACUAUGAUGGGUGCUCCCAGUCCCAUGAUGGGAGCUCCCCUACAGCAGCAACAAACUCAUAGCACUGUUCAAUCGCAAGCAAACGCUGUACAACUUGAUCCUUUCGGUGCUCUGUGAGGGGACUAGGAAUUCAAUUGGAAUUAAGAAGAUGAUGGGAGCCGAAAUUUUGUAAAUACUGUGUAAUAUGCCUUCUAUAUAUUCUGCUUCCAUUCCUUUUACCAGUCCUUGUCACGUCAUUAGGUAGACAUCAACUCUGUCGGACACCCACUUCGUCUUCGAUAUGCACCCUUAUCCCAUCGUCCCUUUGUGAAUACAGCCAAUAUUUCUAUUUUAUUUUAUUAUUUUUUCCUCAAUAUUUUUUUUUUGUCUCUUGAGUCAUAUAAAUAUAUACAAUUAUUACAAAUGUAUAACAUUCAUCGUUGUCUGCAGAUGGCACGUUUAUUUGCCAUUUGAGAAAAAAAUUUUCAUCGUUACAUAUAUGCAUUAAAUAUAGUGGCCUGUAGUUCUUAUACGGAAUUAUCUUUGGUCAAAUGUUCAUCUUUUUUUCAUCACUUUUUUUUCUUCUUUUUCCUUUUACAUAUUUAAAUUAGGAGCUGUAGGAAGAAAAAGAAGAAAAAGUCAAUUUAAAAAGAAUUUUUUUCUCAUUUUUUUUCGAUACUUUAACGUGGUAUUUUCUAGGUAUUUACUGUUUGGUUCGUUAGCGACGAUGUGAGUUGUCUUGGAUUCAAUUGAAGGUAUGAUCUAUUGUGAAUAACCGUUGCUCUGUUAUCAUUAUCAUAAUCAUUGUUAUUAUUAUUAUAAUUUGUAAAUGUGGAUUCAUUCAAAUUUGUACAGCUCUGAAUAUUUAGGCGAAACGUUACAAAAAUCAUUUCCUACAGUCAUUCUAUAUUUUUAUUCCGUACUAAUUCAAGUUAUGGAAUUGUGCCAGUCAUUCAUAAUUGCCUUUUCUUUUUCUUCUUCUUACAUUUUUUUUUUUCUCUAUAAUUUUAAAUAGAUAAAAGUAGCAGCGAAUGAUGAUCGAAUGUCGAGAAAAUGUACUCUGCAUUCCUAAUCACGAUUAUUAUAUCUGAUAUGCAGAAUAUUGUUGUAUAUUAUUAUUAUUAUUUUUAAUAAUAUUUUUUUCUCAAACCAUUAUUAUUCUUUAUUUUUUUAAAUUAAGUUAGAGGUAUCUCUCGGCCAAGGACAUUGAGAUAUACAUUAUAGAACAACACAUUAACGAAAUAAUCGUUUGUUGAAGUAUUAAAUAUAUUAUUUUUUAAUAAUAAUAACAACGAUAAUGAUGAUAAAUAUUAUUAUUUUGUUAUUAUUAUUACUAUUAUCAUUAUCUAUAAUAAAAUGAAUUCUAUAUUAUAACGACAUACAUAAGAUAAUAUGAUAUAUUGUACUAUGAUUCUACGAUACACACAUACACAUAGUUAUUAUAUUAUAUAUAAACGAAGAAGUUAAUCGGUGGUUCUCCCAUUAAUGUUCUGUCGCUGUACUGUUCCGAUAUGUCUUAACUAGUUAGUAAAUUAAUAAUUAUGUGAACAAGAACGGUUUAUUACUAUUAUUAUCAAUUAUUAUUAUUAUUAAUAUUAUUAUCAUUAUUUAUAUAAAGAUAGGAUUAUGAUACUCAUGUUAACUAUAUAUAAAUACAAUUAUCAGAAUCGAUGAUUCAAAAAAAAAAAAAAAACGAAAAAAAACCCAUAUAUUAUAUAUAUUGAAAUAGUUGAUGUAUCUCACCGUAAAUUAUACAUACAUACAGUUUAGCUUGGAGUACGCAGAUAUUGCGCUAACCAAUUCUGGCUGUGGUUAAGAAAAGAAAAAGAAAUUUUGGUUUUCAGAUCGAUUUUAUUUCUUUUUCAUUCCUCUUCGUGGUAAAAAAAUCGUGGUAUGAUUGAUUGAAUAUGAAAUAGUAUAAACGGUUCUGCUGCAUGAUGCUCUAAUUAGUGUGUGUAAUGGGACAAAAAAUAGCAUAAAAUAUAUCGUAAUCACCUCGAACGAUAAUUAGUUUUUCUUUUAUCGUUAAUUAAUACCGAUUUGCGAAUAGCGUUUUUUUCUUCUCUCUUUCUCUUUUUGGUUGGUUGAUAAUUGCGUGCUGUAAGCGAACGAUUGAGAAAUGUUGUAGUGAAUAUCUAUAUUCGCGUAAAUGGGCUAAAAUAUAUGUAGGUAUAUAUGUAUAUAUAUGAACGAAAAGAAAAAGAUUUGUAUAUAUGUAUGUAUAUAUCCACAUGAUGUAAAGUACAUAGAAUCGUCGGAGGGAACAAAAAAAAGUAAUGAAGAUUUCGAACGACGUGCAGUGCUAGUCUGUUUAAAAAACUCAUCCAUACACACGAAUAAGGUCUUUGUCGAAGAGCUCCGGUACCUUCAUGUGUAUGAUGAAAUUACAUGUUACUGUUAUCAAGUGUCGUCAAUUGAUACUGGGGCGGAUGGGUGCGCGAAAAAAUGUUUAAUUUUAAUCGAAAAUCAAUAUCCGCAAUAUUCAAUAUCUGUCGACCGUUAUUCAAUCGGCUGUUCAUAAAAAUGGUCGUAGUUUAGAAGUUGUGGGGAGAUGAAAUAAAAUUUAGAAAAUA